AUGAGUUCCGAGAAACUUUUUUCAGAACAGACAAUAAAACAAGCUCAACCUUCUCCGUCCACAUCGAAUCCACUAGCCAAAGCUGCUACAAUACCUUCAGAAUUAAUCCUUCAGAUUUUUAAAUAUGUCACAUCAACUACCGACCUUAAGUCGUGUAUUUUAGUAUGCAAGUCUUGGUGUCGAUGUGGUGUUGAAUUAUUAUGGCAUAAACCAGUAUUAAAUGUCAAUGCGUCUUUUUUCAAACUCUUAUGGACACUAUCGCGACCCACCCAGACCUUCCAGUACUCUCUUCUCAUCCGUC